GGCCCCCAAAAACAAUAGGCACUUGUCAAUAUGAUUAGCAACCCUGUGAACUCCACUGUCCCAAUUGCUGCUGAGGUCUUCAAAAUGGCUGGAACUUAUGAUGAAAAGAGACUCUUUGGUGUUACCACCCUUGAUGUAGUCAGGGCCAAGACUUUCUAUGCUGGAAAAGCUAAAGUUAAUGUUGCUGAGGUCAAUGUACCUGUAGUCGGUGGCCAUGCAGGCAUAACAAUUCUCCCACUGUUUUCCCAAGCUACUCCAAAAGCCAACUUGUCAGAUGAUGAGAUUGUAGCGCUCACCAAACGAACCCAAGAUGGUGGAACAGAGGUUGUAGAAGCCAAAGCAGGGAAAGGUUCAGCAACCCUCUCUAUGGCCUAUGCUGGGGCCGUAUUUGCGGAUGCUUGCUUGAAAGGACUCAAUGGAGCUCCAGAUGUUGUGGAGUGUUCUUUUGUGCAGUCUACUGUCACUGAACUUCCUUUCUUUGCAUCUAAGGUGAGAAUAGGGAAAAAUGGUGUCGAAGAAGUUCUAGGGUUGGGUGCACUCUCAGACUUCGAGAAGGAAGGGCUUGAAAAGCUUAAACCUGAGCUGAAAGCAUCCAUUGAAAAGGGAAUCAAAUUUGCCCACCAAAAUUAGUCUCAUAUCCUUUUGCUUUGAUUGAGAUUCAAGUUUAAUAAUGUCUAAGAGCUAGUGAUGAUAUUACUUUACUUAACCUUGUCAAUAACAACCACCAUCACUUUCAGCUUUGUAUUCCAAAGAUUAUUACUACAAAAACCCUGUAGUAGAAGAAAUCAUCUUACCCAAGAAAAACACCCUUUCCUUCUC